AUGGAGUUUCAGGUCUGUCCAAAAAGUUUGUGUGUUUCAACUCCUGGGCAUCGAACUGAUCUCUUCCAGCGAGACCCUCAAAAUGUUCUGAUAACAGACUUCUUUGGCAGUGUAAGAAAAGUGGAAAUUACGACAGAGACAAUUUCUUUGGACCGCAAUUUAGCUGGCUUUGAAAGCGAGCUGCCAGAGGAUGUGUUGGCAACAGAACCACUUAAAUAUGCUGAUCAACUUCCUGUGGCUCAGAUAAUACACCAGAAACCAAAACCAAAGGACUGGCAUCCUCCUGGAGGAUUUAUUCUAGGACUGUGGGCACUGAUUAUCAUGGUUUUCUUCAAGACAUAUGGAAUCAAACACAUGAAGCACAUCUUCUGAAUUUGAGCAAGCAAGAUGACUGCAUUGACUGCUAGUUUGGAUUCACUGGUGUCAUCCGAGUUCUCUUUAUGUAUAUUAUGGUUGUAGUGAAAAACAGAGUUGGCAUCUCACUUCUAAGUGCUCUUUUGACAUCAUGUCUUCUGCCCCUUUUUCUGAAGUCUAAUGAAUGAUUAUAAUAUUAGACAAAUCUUUUUUUUUUUUCCUUUUUUUCCUAUGCUUUCUUUUUGACCAUCUUCUCUUUCUGGUUAAAUUUAAAAAUAGAAGGGUGAACCUAAACAUCUUAGCAGACUUUCUGAGGUAAUAAUCUAGAAAAAUAUAUUUUUUUUCCUGCUCUGUUAAAUACAACCCUUAGGUCAAUCCUUUCACUCUAGGCAAGUUUGGAUUUAGGAUUCUGAGUUGGUACAAGUGAAACAAAAAUAUGAUUACCUCACUGAAUCUACUUAAAAGAUAUGCCAACAGAGUGAAACUAUGAGAACACCAUGUCCACCAAGAGCAUGUCAUAGAUGUCAUCUUUUUACUCCACGUGAUCUGGAUUUGGACGUUCUGGGAUUUUCAAUCCACUGGAUUUUUGCAUAAAGUAAAACUCUAGGAUCAGGAUGAAAAAUGUUGUAAGUGGUAUUCUUGUAUUCAGUAAUUUCUGAGCACUUGGAAGAUGAAAUUUAUAAUUUAAGUUUUGUAAAUUCUGUUCGGGCAUAUUGAUCUGUUCUUCUUGGACAUGUAAUGAUGAAUGCAUGCUAACUGUGUUUUGGCUGGUAAUACACAGAUACUAAUAAAGAGAAGAGCAAAUUUCUGCAAGUAUAAAAACAGUAAGUGCCAACUAGGUGAUGCUUUUGGAAUCUGUUCUCUCCCCUAAUCAUAAUAAAGCUGAUGCAUACGUGGUUUAAAGCUA